UGAUGAAGAGUGAGCACAACGAAUUAUAGUCGUUUGGUGCAACUUCACCUUCAUCGCUAUGCAGGAGAAAUAUCGUCCUUAAUAUUUAGGCUUGGUUUGUAAAGCGAAAACAGACGUUUCACCUUUUUUAAUUGUUUCCUAAGUAAACUCGACCCUUCCAUCCCUUCAAUAUCAACUUCUUCCUCCUAGAGAUGAUGCUCAUGUCUUCUGAGUCAGAAACUGAAAAUGGGGAGCGAGUGCAAUCCAAGCAAACACCGGUAUGACAUUACCAUGUCCAAAAGAACAAGAAAGCCUUUGAAGAGUAACAUGCCACAAGCGCAUGCUGAUCUUCGAGGAGAAGAUAAUUUGCUUGCAAAAGUUGAUGAAGAUCGCAAGAGCUUGAAGCAACUCAUCAAUGGCAUUGCCAAUAAUGUUGAAGAAACCAAGGAGGACAGCGAAAAUAGAGGCAGAAAUUCUCUUGGCCAACACUUCUCUGAAGAAGAGAAACAGCUUCAAUUGAUGAGGAGGCAGAACCAACAAGGUCUGCAAGCAGUAAAACUUAAAGGAAUUAUGGGUCGCUAUGUAAAAGUUCUGAGCCAUUUGAUCAAGGUCAAACGCGAUUCUACCCGAACUAAUAUUAGACCCCGGAAAAAGCCUGUUCUCCAUCUCGCAAUGUAGGAUAUCAUAUGUAUUUUCCUGUGGCUGCUGAGCUGAUCAUCUUUUUCAUUGCUGGUAUGACAUGAAAUAUAUAUAAUAUAUACAUAUAAUAUUUUUCUGAACCGUUAAA